UCUAUGCAUCAACAUAAAGCAUUCCCUUCUCUAUUUGCCUUCAAUCAUCUUCCUCUUUCUUCCAAAUAUUUUUGUGGUCGGUUUCUGAUUAAAUUUCCUUCGGACUUCCAUGGCUACUGCAGAGGUUGUAUCAGUCCAAACUGCACUCCAUGAGGAGAAAAAAACUGAAGAACCCAUCAAGGUUGAAAAAACUACAAAAAGUGAGGUAGUUGAAGUAGCUCCUGCAGCAGAACCUGUUGCUGAAGAACCAAAGGAAGCAGCAUCUGAAGAACCUGAGAAUGAAGCCCCGGUUGAAGUUGAAUCCAAGGAGGUUGUCGAAGAGGAACCCCAGAUCGUGACCGAGGAGCCAGAAGUUGAGAAAAAAGAAGAAGAAAAGGCUCCUAAGGAAACAGUAGCGGAGCCAGUUGCCGAGGAGACCAAGGAGACAACCGAGCCAACCGUUGAAGAAACUACAGAGUCUGCCGAAGCAGAAAUCGAAGUCGAAGCCCAAGCUGCACCUGUGGAAGAACACAAAGAGGAAGUUGCCCAGGAUGAAGAAAAACCAGCAGAAGCUGAAGCUGAGACGACCGAAAUAAGGUUGUAAGAUGGGGAUCGAUUAGCUAAGUUUGCAUGUGGAAGUCAAUUAGUUUCUAGUUGAAUAAGAUGUGUAUUACGGUGGACAAGGCUUGGAUCAUGGGACCCAAGCAUGUUGUUUUCUAAUUACUGUUUUUGCUUUUGUAUGUUUUUUUUUUAUUAGAAGACACAGUUUGCAUGCUGUCUUUGAUGCUGGAAAUAAUAAAUCACAGCCCGUUUGUUUAACCUUAA